AUGGGGCUGGGAGUCGUGGGCGGCGGAGUUGCCGACGCUCUCCUUCAGAACCCGUCACCGGUGUCCGAACGUGUCGGGCGCGCGGUCAAUUUGCGGCGGGUGCUGGUGCGUGACACGUCCCGUUCCCGGGACGUAGAGGUCCCUCCCGGGUUGCUGACGACCGACGCGGGCGAAAUACUGGACGAUCCGGAAAUAGACAUCGUAGUCGAGGUUAUGGGAGGGUCAGACCCCGCGGCCGACUACUUCCGAAGGGCACUGGAGUCGGGCAAGCACCUGGUCACCGCCAACAAGGAAGUCAUGGCCAAAAAUGGCGUGGACCUGUUGGAACUAGCUCAGGCCAACGGAGUGACCCUUCGGUUCGAGGCCAGUGUCGGUGGUGGAAUACCCAUAGUCGGCUGCUUGAUGAAUGAACUGGCCGCCAACGAUAUUUACCACAUCCGCAGCAUCAUUAACGGCACCACGAAUUUCAUCCUGACCAGGAUGGCUCUUCAAAAGGCGCCCUUCGCCGAGGCAUUGGCCGAAGCCAAGGGACUGGGGUACGCCGAGUCAGAUCCCACCAAUGACGUCGAGGGGAUCGACGCCGCCUACAAGCUGACCGUGCUGGCGACAUUGGCCUAUGGACGCCGCUUCCGGCCCGAGCAUGUGUAUCGGCAGGGAAUUUCCGCUCUUGAACCGCAAGACUUCCGCUAUGCCGAGGAAUUCGGCUUUGCCAUAAAAUCACUGGCCAUUGCGGAUAUCCAGGAUGGCGAGGUCCAGCUGCGGGUAUAUCCGGCCCUGGUUCCAGCGGAAAACAUGCUUGGCAACGUGAAUGGCGUGUACAAUGCGGUUGAGGUCCACGGUAGCCUGACCGGGCGGGUUCUGUUUCACGGCAUGGGUGCGGGGCGCGGUCCAACCACCAGCGCGGUGCUGGGAGACCUCGUCGCAACUGCGCGCUUGAUGAGCCGAGAGACUUCACUUGCGGGCCCGAGGCAUUUCAAGGAGCAGGCUGCAGUGCGAUCCAUUGGCAGCGUUUUUACGAGGUAUUACAUUCGCUUGAUUGUGGCCGAUCAAGCCGGGGUGCUGGCACAGAUCGCGAGAGCCCUGGGGGACGAGGGUAUCAGCAUCGCCUCGGUGCUGCAGAAAGACACCGAUCUCGAAUCCCAAAGCGCCGAGAUCGUAAUUAUGACCCACCCGGCGCAGGAAUCGUUCGUUCAGCGGGCCCUGCUGUCUAUCGGCAACCUGGAACCGGUACGCCGCAUCGGCAACAUGCUCAGGAUCGAGGAAUAA